AAGCUGCUGAGCCCGCGAAACUUGAGUCGUUUGCUUACUUCCGGGGUAGAGUUGAGCUGCGUCCUGAGAUAAAAUGCUGUUGUAUUUAGAGAAAGUGUUUGAGUCUUUAUAAAAUAUAAAGGUGUUCACCAUGUUGAUCAGUCCAGAGCAGGAGGCUCUGAUUGGCCGGGUGUUUGAGAGCUACCUUACGGAGCAUCACCAUGACGACAUCCUCCUGCUUUUCACAGAUGAUGAUGAUGAUGAAGAGACCCGGCACUCAGUUGUUGUGAACGCCAUGACGCUGUUUGAAGCCAACAUGGAGGUCGGGGACUAUUUUAACGCCUAUCCUCAUGAUGUGCUGGCAAUUUUUGACAAAGUGUUACACAAAACAGCCCUGGAGUUAGCAGAGAAAGCCUUGCUGAAGCAGAGACUGAGACACGCUCCUCAUGCCCGAAUCACAGGUCUGCCCAUGUGUCCAGAGCUCACCAGAGACACCAUCCCCAGGUCCAGAGAUGUGGGACACUUCCUAUCCGUCACCGGCACAGUGAUUCGCACCAGUGUGGCCAAGGUGCUGGAAUACGAACGGGACUACAUGUGCAACAAGUGUCGUCAUGUGUUCACGGUGCAGGCGGAUUUUGAUCAGUUCUACACCUUCGUCCCUCCUGUGUCAUGUCCCAACCCUGACAUCUGUAACUCAUUUAAAUUCACGUGUCUGACUGAUGGAUCUGAGCCCGGAGCCUGCAGAGACUACCAGGAGAUCAAAAUACAGGAGCAGGUGCAGAGGCUGUCGGUGGGCAGUAUUCCUCGCUCCAUGGCGGUGGUUCUGGAGAAUGACCUGGUCGACAGCUGUAAAUCUGGAGACGACGUGACGGUGUACGGCGUGAUGUGUCAGCGCUGGAAGCCUUUCUAUGAUGGCUCUCGCUGUGAUGUGGAGCUGGUGCUCAAAGCCAACAACAUCGAGGUGAACAACCAGCAGGCGGCGGCGGCUCUGCUCAUGAAGGACGUCCAGAAAGAGUUUGAGGAAUUCUGGGAUGGAUACAAACAUGAUCCCAUCGCUGGUAGGAACCAGAUCUUACUGAGUCUGUGCCCGCAGGUGUUUGGCAUGUACGUGGUUAAAUUGGCCGUAGCCAUGGUGUUGGCUGGUGGGGUACAGAGAAUAGAUCCCUGUGGGACAAAGAUCAGAGGUGAGUGUCACAUGCUGCUGGUCGGCGACCCGGGCACAGGGAAGUCUCAGUUCCUGAAGUAUUCGACAAAGAUCAUGCCUCGCUCUGUUCUUACUGCUGGGAUUGGAUCAACGAGUGCAGGACUGACUGUUGCAGCGGUGAGAGAUGGAGGGGAAUGGCACCUGGAGGCCGGCGCUCUGGUCUUGUCAGACGGCGGUUUGUGCUGCAUUGACGAGUUCAACAGCAUCAAAGAACACGAUCGAAUCAGCAUCCAUGAAGCCAUGGAGCAGCAGUCGAUCAGUGUGGCCAAAGCUGGUAUGGUGUGUAAGCUGAACACUCGUACCACCAUCCUGGCAGCCGCCAACCCCAAAGGCCAGUACGAUCCCAACGAGCCGCUGUCGGUGAAUGUGGCUCUGGCCAGUCCUUUGCUCAGUCGAUUCGACCUGGUUCUGGUUCUUCUGGACACCAAGAAUUCCGAGUGGGACCGCAUCAUCUCUUCAUUCAUCCUGGAGGAUCGAGGACUUCCUGCGGAGUCCUCAGGCCUGUGGUCCAUGGAGAAAAUGAAGGCUUAUUUCAGCGUGAUCAAACGCCUGCAGCCGCAGCUGUCUGAGGACGCCAACAUCAUCCUGACCCGUUACUACCAGCUGCAGAGACAGAGCGACGGACGCAAUGCUGCACGAACCACCAUCCGCAUGCUGGAGAGUCUGAGCAGACUGGCUGAAGCUCACGCCAGGCUCAUGUUCAGAGAGACAGUGACUAUCGAGGACGCCGUCAUGGCGGUGUCAGUCAUGGAGUGCUCCAUGCAGGGUGGAGCUCUGCUGGGAAACGUGAAUGCUCUACUCACCUCGUUUCCCGCUGAGCCCUGUGAGCAGUACCACACUCAGUGUCGGACUCUGCUGCAGGGUUUGAACCUUCCUCAGCUGCUGAAGAAGGAGAUCAGCCGACUGACCAGGAUGAAGAGAGACGCCUCAGGUGUGUCUCCACCUGCUGAUGAUCACCAGCAUCAAUGCAGAGACACAAACUCUGCCCACAGCACAAAACGCCACGACAUCACAGUGGAGGGAGGCCUUGAUUGGUUCCACUCCAUCAAUCAGUCAGUAUCACCUGAAGGCUUGGCCCCGCCCAUAAUUACAUCCACCCAGGUGAAGCUGAACACAAGCGCGAACUUGGAGAGUAAAGAGACGAAUGACGAGGCGAUAACCCACAAGGACAUUUCUCGCCGUUUUACCUCGUCUUCAGACGAGGAAAGGCAGAACGAGCGCAGUAAAGAAAAACAAGAGAAGAAGAAAGGAUGUGAGGGACAGAGAGAGAGUCCUGAGUCCUCUGAGUUUGUUUUUCAGAGAGUCUCUAAGAAGCUGAGAGAGCGCCGACUGAAGGAGCUGAGCCAUCAUCAGGAGCCGGACUCAGAGCGGGGAGGAGCAGCGAGGGCCGAGUCUGGAGAUAAACAUGUGACCAACACAACAUCAGAGUCUCACAGGAGCAGCUCACUGUCAUCACAUGAAUCCACACCCUCAAAUCAUCCUGUUAAAGAUCUCCUGAGCACCGUCACAGGACAACGACCCAAGGACAAGACGGGGACGAAGAGGGCAGAAGAUGAACCUGGAGAAGAACUGCGCUCCAAGCUGUCCAGUUUUAUUUUCAAACCGAGGAAGAUGAACGCUUCAGCACAUGGCGACGAACUGGACGUUAGCACAGGAAUCCUGGAUGAAGGAACGACGACGCAGACGAAUGUCUCUGCACAAUGCAGAGACGUUGACAGUGACACAGCGAGAAGGACAAGAGAGGAGAGAGCAGCGGAUCAGGAUGAGACCGAGAAGAAGACCAGAGUUUCAGGAGUCAGAGGCAGUGACAUGAAGUCUGCACCAGAAAGAACUGACACUGUAAAGACCGCUGUGGCGUCAUCAACGCUCGCCAAACUCUCCAGAUUCUCCUUCAGCUGCAGAAGUGAGCCGACAGCCACGGCUCAGCCUGGCGAGGACAAAAACCGUCAAAGAGAAGAAACUGAGAGAGCAGAUGGAGCAGGAGGGAGCAUCAGACCUGUGGACCGAAUCAAAAACCUGCUAACCCUGGGACAGAGAGACCAGCAGGGGGCGGAGCCUCUUCAUCAACCUGCAGAUCUGUUAACUCUGAGACAGAGAGACCAGCAGAGGGCGGAGCCUCCUCAUCACACUGCAGAUCUGUUAACCCUGAAACAGAGAGACCAGCAGGGGGCGGAGCCUCUUCAUCAAACUCUGCUGGGAUUAAAUCCUGUGGAAACAGGGAAGAACAUUCAUGUUGAUCCUCAGAGCUCGGCCGGCGUGAAGAAGAGAAAGUGUUUUGAGCUGGGCCGUGGUCUGAGCGGUUCUGGUACGUUCUCUCUGUUUGGUUCUGAUGACUUCAGUAACGACGUCCUCGACACCGACUGGGACCAGGAGGUUUCUAAGAGAGCCAGGAUCUAAAUCAUGCUCUGCUCUGAGUCAGAGACCAUGGCAGACGAUGAAAUGUGAGAUUCUGUAGUUUAUGUGUGGAAAAUAAAAAUGAAUCACUGAUGAA